AUUAUAGCGCUGGUUGGAGAGGCGUGGGCUACUACCGAUCCCCUAUGAGUGAGGCUUUGAUGUUCGCACAGACGGGCUCUUUACCAGUGUGUUCCGCUGCUAUAGGCUGCGCAUGAAUGGCAUUCGCUAUUGGUGCUUGUGCGUACAUAUAGAGGAGCGCUAGCGCGGGAUAAGGGUUGGCGCCUGAGGUUCAUAUUUUCAACUUUUUAAGGAAUGAAAUAUCAGUCAACCCGGCUGUAAAUUUCGCUCGGACAUGAUGGAUUUAUGACAAACAGCGUGCUUUUUCUGAUGGAGUUGGAUUGACGAUUGACUAAUUUGAGCGUCCAUGCGUGUUAUAUUUUUAGAUAUGUGUUUUAUCCCGUAUUCUAGAGCUGAUGUUGUAGGACAAGUUUCGGACACCAAAAUGUGUUUAUUUUUUAUUUUGAUAUUAUCAACUUUAGAAAUCUGUCAGUCGCUGGCCCCUCGGAACGUUUAUACAAAUCACUGGGCAGUGCGUAUUGCAGGGGGACAAGAAGAAGCGGAUAAACUAGCUGUUAAAUAUGGUUAUAAUAAUUAUGGACAGAUCGGGAGUCUGGAGGACCAUUACCAUUUCCACCACAGCAGAGUGGUGCGCAGAGCAGCUUUCUCCACUAGGGGCGCUCACUCCUUCAUCCAGAUGGACCCAAAGGUUGACUGGGUCCAACAGCAGCUGGUGAAGCAGAGAGUAAAGAGAUACAUCCAAAGGGACACCAGAAGCCCUGACCCCAACUUCGUCCACUUCAACGACCCCAAAUGGUCCAACAUGUGGUAUAUUCACUGUACGGACAAGAACAAUCGCUGUCGGUCAGAGAUGAACAUUCUGGCAGCGUGGCAGAGAGGCUACACGGGCAAGAACGUGGUGGUCACCAUCCUGGACGACGGCAUCGAGAGGAACCACCCUGACCUGGCACAGAACUAUUCUCUCUCUGAUGCUCUCUUCGUGUUCUCUCUCUUCUCUCUAUCGCUUUCUCUGUCUCUGUCUCUGUCCCUCUGUCUCUGUCUCUGUCUCUCUUCUUUCUCUAUCUCGUUCUCUGUCUCUGUCCCUCUAUCUCUGUCUCUCUCUCUCUCUCUCUCUCUCUCCAGGACCAGCUGGCAAGUUAUGAUGUCAACGGGAACGACCAUGAUCCAACUCCUCGUUAUGAUUCUAGCAACGAGAACAAGUAUUCGUAUGCUGGAUGGUGAUGUGACAGAUGUAGUAGAGGCCAAGUCCCUCGGUAUCAGACCUGACUACAUAGACAUCUACAGCGCCAGCUGGGGACCUGACGACGAUGGAAAGACUGUGGACGGACCAGGGCCUCUGGCCAAACAGGCCUUCGAGAUGGGCAUCAAAAAGGGCAGGAAGGGUCUGGGAUCCAUCUUUGUUUGGGCGUCGGGGAACGGCGGUCGCCAGGGUGACCACUGUUCUUGUGACGGCUACACCAACAGCAUCUACACCAUCUCCAUCUCCAGCACCACAGAGAACGGCAACAAGCCCUGGUACCUGGAGGUCUGCUCCUCCACACUGGCCACCACCUACAGCAGCGGGGAGUUCUACGACAGGAAGAUAGUGACCACAGACCUGCGCCAGCGCUGUACUGAUGGCCACACUGGCACCUCUGUGUCAGCUCCCAUGGUGGCUGGGGUCAUUGCUCUCGCUCUGGAGGCCAAGGGCAAUCUGUUUACCAAACCUUUUGGGGGAAACAGCUGA